CCUUUUCUCCGCCCCUCCUCCGCCUCCUUUCAACCUGGUGCAUCUGGAUGCUGUUUGGUAGUGGAAAGUGUAGCUAUGGGAAAGUUUUAGACCCGAAAGAAAAGAAUUACUGAGGAGAUUUUAGGGAACGUGACGGAAGAACGGACACUACAUCGAGCGUAGCAAUAACUACAUAAAGUGGGACUGAAGAUACAGGAGUAGAGACGUAUGUGGUUAAACUUUCUGAUGAUCCGGCGCUCUUUCUGAAGUGCGUAAACCUUGGGCUGGUAGUCUCGGGAUUGCACCCUCGUAUUGGGUUGAACCCUGGUUACUGGAUAAAUAGAUUAUCUUGGGAGGCAGAGAGCUUCAAGUCUUUGCUGCGGAUUUUUAGAUACCGGGUAACUGAACGGAUGCUUAAUCGUAUGCCUUGCAUUUCUGCAGACUGUUAACUGUCCAGGCUUGUUCUCCUACCAUACGACUAGCAUUCAGCUUUAGCACCAAUAAUCAUUGCUGCAUUUUCCUGCAGAUGAUCUGCACUGCUCUCGAAAUACCUCACCCCCGUGUACAAGCUGCAUUCUAGCUUAUGAUAGGUUUCAUAGCUAUAUACUAGGCUAACUGCCUUUUGAGGCCAUUUUAAGCCUAGCCGAUUAUCCGUUAUGAGAAUCAAACCCCGAACCUUGUGUCUGUAAGGUAAAAACCUUAACCACUAUGCCAACCUCCCACCUGAAGUCCCCUUUGUGACAGGAAACAGAGUCACCACUAUUUGCGGAGUUGCGGCACUUUAGGGUGGAUUGCUGGUGCAUUCAGGUUCAGAUGUUUAGUGUGACCGUCACCAUGCCUUACUGGGACUUCAUUGUGUCCAAGUGACCCGGCAGUCCACAGUGACUUGGUUACGCGGUUGGAGUACUGGUCGACUUUUGGAAUCAUUUAGUCACGGACUGGUCAUUAACAGAUACUGUAAUGUUAAACAGACAAAACACAUUUUAGAAGAGAUACACUUUAAAAUCUAUACGAAGGAGUUGCUACAGUCGUGUAAAGAAACUCUUUUUGCCUUUCUGAAUGGAUGUAGCUAAAGUUUCCUGAGAAGAUUCUCACCAGCAAGUGCACUUUUUGAAAUGAAUGUGCCUUAUAUAGUUUUGGAAUUGAUAAUUGCAGUCCUUGCUGUCCUAGGCAACAUUUUGGUAUGUUGGGCCGUUGCCAUCAACAGUACUCUGAAGAACGCCACAAACUAUUUUCUGGUGUCGCUUGCUGUGGCUGACAUUGCUGUGGGACUUCUUGCUAUCCCAUUUGCAAUCACUAUUAGCAUUGGCUUCGAAACAGAAUUCCAUGGCUGUCUCUUCCUGGCUUGUUUUAUACUGGUGCUAACUCAGAGCUCCAUAUUCAGCUUAUUGGCAGUAGCCAUUGACAGGUAUCUGGCAGUGAAGAUCCCACUUAGGUAUAAGAGUCUGGUGACUGGAAAACGAGCAAGAGGAGUCAUAGCAAUAUUCUGGAUACUCUCAUUUGUGAUUGGUUUAACACCUCUCCUUGGCUGGAAUACAUGGGCCAGUCAAUGCAGCAACACAACCAUUAAAAAUAAUGCAAGUUGUACGCUGACGUGUCAGUUUGAGGCUGUUGUCCCAAUGAGAUACAUGGUAUAUUUCAACUUUUUUGGCUGUGUACUGUUACCUCUUAUCAUCAUGUUAGCGAUCUACAUGAAGAUCUUCAUGGUAGCACGAAAACAGCUAAGGCAGAUUGAGCUCAAGAAUGUUACUUCAGACAGCUCAAAGACAACAAUCCAGAAGGAGGUGAAUGCUGCCAAGUCACUGGCAAUCAUAGUAGGCUUUUUUGCUGUUUGCUGGCUACCUCUUCACAUUUUGAACUGUUUGACAGAGUUUCAGCCAUUACCAGGGAGGAACGAAUGGUAUAUGUUCACUGCUAUCAUACUUUCUCAUGCAAACUCAGCUGUUAACCCCAUCAUUUACUCUUACAGGAUUCGUGACUUUCAUUACACCUUCCGCAAGAUCAUUUUUAAACACAUCCUGUGUCGGGAAGAUAUCUUAAGCUGUACUAAUGGCAUUGAUAACAGCAGAAAUGAAGCACAAAGGACUUCUGUGAAAGUAGCAACUGUUUUUGUAUAGUUUCUAAGAAGUGACAAUGAUGAUGAAGUCAUAUCAUGAACAGAUAAAGUGCCCAAUAUUUUAGUCUACUGUGGAAACUGACCUGCACGUAAUAUGGAAAAAUGUGAAGCUUUACACUAUAUCAGUUUGUUUGUGUCUGUGUAGUUUGUCAUUAAUAUGUGUUGUUUCUUGUAACCACUGGAUGUUUUAGGAUGUUCCCAUUUGCAGACAUACCUUCUCAUAAGAAGAUCAGACAUUAAACAAAUGUAGUCAUGGGACAAAUGCUUCUUGCCCUCUUCCUCAAGUUACAUCACUCUUAGAGUUUAGGAACCUAAAAGAAGGUCCAGUGCUGUAGCUGGUCGGCAAAAGUACUUGUGAAUGUUAAAAUACUCUGCCUACGUAAAGUGUUGCACAUACCUACAAGACAAACAUGGAGUAACGUAUUUUUUUCUGGAGAAGUCAAUUUCCAUAGAUAAUAACAACACUGGAAUAGAGUGCUAAUAGGGGAAACGUGCACCAUGUUUUACAAAUAAAACAUUACAAGUAACAUUAUACUUUAAUAAGCUGUGCUACAAAAAAAAUAUCUUUGAAAGCUAUCUGGAGUUCUGGAAGAGUUACUAGGAGUUCAAACACCAGCAUUUGCACACAGCACAAGACAGUUUGUUUUGGUUAGGGCUUUGCCCUUCAUUGUAUCUAAAUAGACAGUGCUGUAUUGUAUUGUCCUAUCCAGUACUGCUGCUUUUAAACUUAGAUAUGAGACGAGACUAUCACAGACACCAUAUAAAAUAUGUAAGGAUGGGAAGAACUACUGUGAAUUCCUUUCAGCCUUCCAGUACACCAGUGUUUAGUGACUGCCUUCAAAAAAUGUAACUUAUACCCAGAGUGUAUAUAGUGCAAUCACAUUUCAAGGAGUAGCAUACCUAACAAGACUGACAACUCUCAAACACUAUCAUUUAUAUAUAGCACUAUGAUUUCUGCCCCAAGUUUUAGGCUUUUGCCUUCUUGAUUAGCAAAUUUUCCUCAUAAAAUUAGACCCAUCUGAAGUGUUGCAUUGCAACGUGACUAUACAGAGCGACACUUACACAGUACAGUUUCCACCCUUUCUUACCAAAAUUAGGUAAGAAGUUUCUUAAUAAAAAGCUUCAUAACUUUUUAUUAAGAAUGCACCCACAUAAUUCUACUACAUCCUUCACUGACAUCACUAGAAGAAUAGUGUGGGGUGCAUCAACAGCAAUCCGCACAUACACAGUGGUACAUCCACUAAAGUCUAUGCAUACACUUACACGCACUCCCUAGGUUGACAUCACCAAGACGUGAAAAAAAGUUCAGAGAAAUUUCCGGUGUGUCACAUGGGGAAACAGUAUUUCACAAAGCUUUGAAUUUUAAAUUUGGCAUUAGAGAACAGGCACGAAAGAAAAUGCUGGAAGGCUCUGGAGGCACCAUCUGUACUGGUACAUAAGGUAGUUUAUAAACUGUAAUGGAGCACUUUAACAAAGUAUACAUUAUUAAAUAACUAAAUACAUGCAAGGAUUCACUAUCAUUAAUUGUAUGAGAUCUAAUACGCAAACAUCUUCUAUUAUAAAAAAAUAUAUGAAUUUGCUCCUCUUUCUGACCCUCUGCUAUGGUUUUUAAAGGCAAGUGCUACAAUUUUUAGCAGUCAGACGUUGAGAAGUAUCAUCUUCUUAUAUUUAAACCAUAUUGUGUUUAGCAGUGUACACACAGACGUUAAGAAAUGAUUCCAGUCAUUGGAAUACUGCUAUAUUGUCAUUGUAUAAAUAAUAUGAGUAUAAAAUACACUACAAUAUUUAAAACACAUGCCAGAUAAAAAGUACAGUGUUGUCAGAAUUCUAUAAUGAAGAAAAUAUGUAAAAGCAAAACCCCUUCCCUUGUUUGUAAAUGACUGAAUUAAUCAAUAUCUUAUUUUCCAGAAAUAUGUAUUUACACUGGUUUUGCACCACAGAUCCCUUUAGAUCUUUAAAAGCACAAAGCUGAAGGGAUGUUUUUAUAUGUCUGAUAUAUCAUAAAAAACAAUAUCUUUUUGACUUUUACAAGA